AUGGACAUCGGUCCGGGGUACAGCCCCCGAUCACCCUCAAGGAGUCCUGAUACCGUUGUGUGCGGUCGACCUAGUGUCGCGGCGUUCCAGUCCUCCCCAUGCACUCUUUCUCUGCGCCACGGGAGGAAUCAAGAGGAGACCAAGGGGCACAAGAACAGAGACAUAGCCAGAGGGAAGACGUUUGACGGGAUUGUCGACAAGAUUGACCCACUAACGGGACACUGGAACAUGGAUUUCGGAUACUUGAACAAUUGGAGAAACCCCUUUUCUAUUUCCCCUCAAGACAGAGACGAUGGCCUAGAACUCUGCAUGGCUUUGUUCAGCCGAUGGGAAGCCGCCACGACGCCCACAUCGCCCUCAAAACAGGACCCGGAAAGAAUGAUACGAGAGCGAAGGUUCGGGCAUAUCACGCCAGACGGGGUGAUUCGCGAAGUCAGGGCCAUCUAUGGAAGGCUGGUUCAGGCUGAAGUCACAUGUAUGGGCAUGGUCACCAAACUGUCCUCAUCACGGUCCCCCAUCAGCCACGAAGAGUGGCGGUCUCUCAUCGCCGCUCACAAAGGCCUGUUGAACCUGCAUCACGACUUCUUCCUGGCAUCAUAUCACCCCAAUGCGUCGGUGGCACUCCAUGACAAAGUACGAGAGUAUGACAUGCCUGAAAGAAUGUGGAGUCAUGGUCUGUGGGAAUUCGUCCAGCUCAUACGAAAUCGCCUGUGGGAGAGCCCGGACAAUAUUCACAUCAUGAUUCCUUACCUCAACUUCGUUCGCGCUAUGCUGGAUGCACUCGACAACGACAUCCCGCCCCUGAGAACAACUUGGGCUCAGUGCAAAGCGGAGCUAGCCCGCUAUAUGUCCCUGAUGCAGUUUGACGACCCUGAACUCCGCCAGCGUUUCCAGUGUGUGGCCUUCGAAGAGUACAGCAGGAAAGCAGACGCCGAACCGUCGUCUGGCAUCAGUUACUUUCAACUGGGCUCUAUGCCGGGCGUCGAGACGUAUCACGAUAUGAUUGAUAGAUUUGUGGUCCGGAUUUCUAACAUGACCAAGGCGCUCGUUGUCCAAUAUCCGUGCGAUGUGGCUCGGGUCGCACUGAUCACCGUGAGCCCCGAACUGGCUGCGGCGAACCCAGACGGCGAAUGUCGGCACUUUCCACUCGCACUCAGUCAUCUGCUUCGCGCUCGGCAGUCACCCUGGAUGAGAGAUCAGAAUGGUGACAAACAAAGCACCCGGCAGCACCUUGACGCCUUCACCGAGGAGCUCAAAAAGCUCGAUGACGCCGCGGAUAUUCGGGAAGUCUCCGAUAGUGGACAUCAGGCGACAGGACAGGCUUCAGGCGCGGAGAGCCUGCUUUAUCCCAGCGCUGAGCUCGCCAUGCUUCUCUGCCACAUCUUGGUGCUGACAGAACUGACUGUGGAGUAUGACCAUCUGUACAUGGCGGUCUGGGCUCCUGACUGGGCCACGUGUGCGUACCGCGAGGAAAUUCAACGUCUCAGGGUAGCUGGGCAAGAAAUCUACGACCCAGAGAUGCUCGGGGCUCGGCUUGUCUCCACCGUGGUCCGCAAGAUUUUGAAGCGCGCUGAUACGACCGACGUGAAACUGUGGGAGUUCAUCCACAUCCUCAUGGUCUUCAUGCGCAGCCUUCAGACACGACCGCAUCAGCGGUACCGGCUCCUCUGGGCAUUUCAUAGGGAUCUGCUCUCCCCGUUUCUGACCAUGCUUCUCCGUGACGCCGAGAGGAGAGGCGACGGGGAUUUCUGGGAGUUGGCGCGGUCCAAGUUCCCUGUCACGCGCUUGACGCUCAAUGGGAAUGAGGGAGAACGCGAGGCAUGCUACACCGUGACGUUGCGAGAAGACUUCCUUCUACGGGGACACUUCUUUGCGAGAGAGGCGAUGCAGACCCAAUGGUCCGGCGCGAACGGCACGCCAUCGUCAGAGACUGAAGAAGAGAAUAUCCUAGCAGCGGAGCCUCUCAACUCUGCCUUAGAUGUAGCUGAGACGGCCGAGGAAGCUCGACUAGCAGCACUCCAGCAGCUCCAAGAAGCGGAGAGGGUAGCAGCCCUCCGUCGUGAUCCCCAUCUGUUCCCCACAAACUGGUUUGCAGAUUCUAAAUACGACUUUGAGGAGAGAUGCACUCGACAGAGGUAUGUGCAAGACGUUGAGAUGGUGUGGCAGCGACAGCAGCGAAUAUUGUGGUUGGCCGCCAGCGACAUGAGGAGAUUGUGGUCAGCGGAGGAGCGGGCCUUCGAGCCAGAGCCGUUGUUCUACCCAUCGACCGACGAGAGCGGAUGCAUCUCCUUCAAUGUGCCUUGGGCCGAGUCCGAUCCAUCUUCUCUGGGCGGCAAAGAGAUGCCUGAAGUCGUUCAACGUCGCGUCGACACCAAGUCCAUCAGCGUCGUUUAUGCCCAUCCCUCUGUCAAGCUACGAGUUCAGGUAUGUGAGGAGAAGUGGAGGGACCAUGCGGAAAGAAGCCGCCUUCUUCAUUUGGAAGCGAAGAUGCGAGACGGCGAAAGCAAGGCUGAAGAAGGGAAGCAGCAGCAGCAAUCUCAGCGGCCAAGCGUUGCCGAAAGAAUUUGGAACCGUGCUGCAGCACUCAGUGAGUCCGCUGACAAAGAGGUAGAGAACGUCCGAGUCGUCGUGCCUACGGAAACAGAGAGCCAACCCAGCGCCGCGCGGAGACGAGGGCCUCCGCAGCUCGACGGACCGCCUGAUGAUCACGCUGUCGUCGAUAGCGGCCGAAAACGCCCGGCGACCGUCGCAAUAGUUAGAGGCUGGCACGUCAGUAACAACACCGUGGCACUGAACAGACAGGCGCUUGACAGGCUCCUGAGCAUGGACAAGGGGGAAAUAAGGUAG